GCCUGGGAGGGCUGCAUUCCAGAGCACCAUUUAACUGCGCUCUCCCCGAUCUGGGCUACAACUACUCAUUACCUAUUUCAACUAACAGCUUUUUGACUUUUUGUAUGCUCGGAUUUCCUUUCCACUUGGACUUCUCGAAGUGAAGAGUCAGGCAACCAACUAAAAGGAAGCCUAAACCAAGAGGUAAAGAGAGUAAACCUCAAACAGGUGGAUGCUGUGGUGGCCAUGUUCCUCUGAGUUUGAUUGACGGGCCAAGAUGGAGCUGAAGGUAUGGGUGGAUGGCGUGGUCAGGGUGGUGUGCGGCCUAUCAUUGGAGACUUCCUGUCAGGAUGUGGUCAUCGCCCUCGCACAGGCUAUUGGUCAGACAGGUCGCUAUGUUCUCAUCCAGAAGCUACGAGGCACAGAGAUGCAGCUUGUGGCAGAUGACUGUCCCUUAGAGUCUCUGUCUUAUCUGGGUCAGCUGGCCAUCGAGGUCCAGUUCAUCUUGCGUCGCACAGGCCCCUCCAGCACUGACGGACCUAACAGACCCACCCUGGAUAGGGUCCACCCUUUACUCAGGCACCCUUCACCCAUGCCCUCCAGAUGCCGAGAGCCGAAGAAGGCCCUCACUUUCAACCUUGGUCCUUCUACAAUCCCCAGAAGGACUAAAGCUAACAAGGCCUGGUCACCUAGUCCAAGAGCCUCACCAGAGCCCAGGGCCUCACCUGUUCCAUCCCUGGUCUCCCCCACCGCCUCCCCUCCCCCACUCUCCCCGUCUGACCCAUCCAAGGAGGAGGUCUUCAGGCAGGUGCUGCAGCAGCAGGAGAUGCUACAGGACCUGGAGUCCCAUCUGGUGGCUUUGGAAAGGGAGGCAGAGGUGUGGGAGAUGGGGAGGCCUGUAACUCCUGUCCCAGGCCUGAAUCCCGGCCUUGUAGAGGAAAUGGAUGUGCUAGAGACAAGGCUGAGACAGAACGAGGCAGAGCUGCAUGGGGAUUACUGGGAGAAGCAGAUGCAGCGAGAGAAGGACAAGGAGCAGGAUAUCCAGGGACAUCUGCACCAACUCUACACCUCUAUGGAUGAAUACAACUUCCGGCUCAAGGACCUCCAGAGCCAUUCAUCCAGGCUGGGGCAGGACUUUCGUGUUGAGGCCCGCAGACGGAGCUCUCGUCCAGGCACCCCGCAACCAGAGGAGGCCCUGGGACCGCUGAGGGAGGAGCUACACAAUCGGCUUCAGAAGGGGGCAGAGGUGGACAUGUCAUUGACAGAGACGAAAAAGGCAUUGCAGACUGCAGAAUUACGGUUACAGGAGAGGUGUGAGGCGCUGGAGGAGCUAAACAAGGAGCUGAGGCAGUGUAACCUGCAGCAAUUCAUCCUGCAGACGGGUGUUCCCCCUAGCCCCUCUUACUCAGACUAUCCCCUCCCCGACCAGACACACGCCCACCUCCAGCCCAUCGCCACGCCUUACCUCUGCAUAGCAGGACUACUGGAGGAUGACCAGACUGACACUCUGACUGUAUGCUAGAAGCCAGAAGACGCCCCCUGGACUCUGAGGGAGGAGCUACACAGCUGGCUGCAGCACAAAGCGGAGCCGGACAUGUCACUUGCUGACUCCACUACAUGUCAACAUUCUUUAGACUGGGAGCAUCUGGAUGACUCUCCAAUUGCACCGUGUGUGUGUGUGUGUGUGUGUGUGUGUGUGUGUGUGUGUGUGUGUGUGUGUGUGUGUGUGUGUGUGUGUGUGUGUGUGUGUGUGUGUGUGUGUGUGUGUGUGUGUGUGUGUGUGUGUGUGUGUGUGUGUGUGUGUGUGUGUGUGUGUGUGUGUGUGUGUGUGUGCGUGCGUUUAACUAUUCUAGUAAACAAACAAGAUGUUGCCCAACUGGGGAUAUUUUGUUAGUCCCCAUGAGGUCAAAUGCUAUUUCUAGGGGGUAUAGGGUUAGAAUUAUGUUGAGGGUAAGGUUUAGAUUCUAGGGUUAGUUUUAGGGUUAGGAGCUAGGGUUAGGUUUAAGGUUAGGGUUAAGGUUAGGUUUGUGGGUUAAGAUUGGAGUUAGGGUUAAGGCUAGGGUAAGGAUAAAAGUACGGGUUAGGUUAGUGUCAGGUUUAGGGUUAGGAGUUAUGGAAAAUAGGAUUUUGAAUGGUACUGAAUUGUGUCUCCACAAGGUUAGCUGUACAAGACGGUGUGUGCGUGUGCGUGUGCGUGUGGACAUGUUUUUCUAUACUUGUGAGUAUCAAAGUCCUCACAACAAACUAAAAUUCAGAGAAGUGAGGACAUUUUGCCAAGAAGGCCAUUUUAGGGUUAGUGGAUAGGUUUAGGUUUAUUGUUAGGGGUUCAGGUUAGGGUUAAGGUUAGGUUUAAGGAAAAUAGGAUUUUCAAUGGGAAGAAAAUGUUAGUUCGCAAAAAGUUCUCACAGGUAUAGUAUGACAUAGCUCUCUCUCUCUCUGUGUGUGUGUGUGUGUGUGUGUGUGUGUGUGUGUGUGUGUGUGUGUGUGUGUGUGUGUGUGUGUGUGUGUGUGUGUGUGUGUGUGUGUGUGUGUGUGUGUGUGUGUGUGUGUGUGUGUGUGUGUGUGUGUGUGUGUGUGUGUGUGUGUGUGUGUGUGUGUGUGUGUGUGUGUGUGAGAGAGAGAGAGAGAGAGAUCUAUGGCUGGUGGAUUGGUUGACUUUUAAUACAGUAUAUGCAACAUUAUAGUAUUAAUGUAUCUAUUAACUUUAAAAUAUUUUAUGAAAUAUUAAUUUUCUAAAGAUGUACUCCCUAUGCAAUAAAGAUUACUUAAUGUU